GUACAGUUCGUGGCUCCUCUAAUCAUUGCACACACAGUGUGGAAGUCCACUGGCCGAUCCCCCUUCCUAAUUUUGCUUCUCCAUUGCUUCCCAAUUACUUCUCCACUUAUUGUGAUCCAAGCAUUCGCUGUUUCACCUCGAUCGCCAUGAAUCCCUCCAUCGAUUUCCGUCAAUUACUGAAUAGGAUAUGCGAUGCAGCUUCGUUCUAUCUCGCAAAGCCUCGAUCUAGCGUCAAAGACUUGUGCAAAGCUGCGGAUCAAUUGAGCGCUAAACUGAAAGACGUCGACCAAGCCAUGGGUGAACCUAAGGGCAAUGGGAAAACCGCCACUGAAGAAGCUCUACAGUGGAAGUGCGAGGCCGAGGCGUUUGUAUCUACAGAGGUCGCCGUCAUCCAAGAGGACUACAGGGCGAUGCGGUGCCUCAUAGGCUGGUCGUGGAAUUGCAUCUCCAUCAACCAGAGAGUCACCAAGAAACUGGAGGAGGUGAAGGAGUUGAUUAACCGAGUGGAUGUUUCUAGUGUUGCCACGACACGGUCGCCGCCGCCUGCCGUGGAGCUUCCCAUUUCAAAUAAUGUCGUCGGGAUGCAAUCAGAUCUGAUCCAGAUUGUGAAAUGGAAAGACUACGGCAAUUAGAUGAAAGUGCCAGGGUUAUAGGCAUCUACGACAUGGGGGAAUAGGAAAGACUAUGCUUUUGAAGCUCAUCAAUAACCAUGAAGAGAUCUCCAAGCUCAAGUUUGAGCACGUCGUCUGGAUUGUCGCCUCCAAAGAAUGCAAAUUGCAAAAGCUUCAGAUGGACGUGGCUAAGAAGUAUGCAGGUAAAGAUGUAAUCAACUCAGAGCAAGGAAUUAAUCAAUUAGCAAGAGAAAUUGCAAAAGUGUGUUCUGGUGUGCCCCUUAUUCUCAUCACCGUCCGCAGAGUCAUGUCCGCAAAGAGGUCAUGGAGGUCAGAUGCUCUCAUGCAGUUGAGGCAAUCACGGAUGCUAGAAGUCACGGAUAUGAAAGAAAGAGAUCCUAUGUUUGCUGCUUUUUUACUUAGUUAUGAUAGCCUGGAAGAUGACAACAUGAGAGCUCCCCUAUUGUGUGGCUCUUUGUGGCCUGAAGGUUUCAAAAUUCACAAAGUUGAAUUAAUACAGUGUUGGAUAGGCCUUGGUCUGAUUAAUGAGUUUAACUCGAUCAAUAAAGAAUUCCACCGAGAGCUCUCCCAUAUCGAGACUCUUACAUUUGCAUGCUUGUUAGAGCUUGUUGAUAGUGAACACACGGUAGGUAUCAAGAUGCAUGAUCUAAUCCGAGACAUGGUUUUAUGGAUGGUCUCGGACUAUGGAUCCAAUCAAUACAAGUGGAUUGUUAAAGCACAUGCUGGAUUGAAUCAGUUGGAACUAGAGAAUGAGGAAUGACAUGUGGUGGAGCGAGCAUCAUUCAUGCAUAAUGAUUUAAGUUCCUUGCCAAAGCAGACUCCCACUUUUCCCAAACUUUCCAUGCUCAUGCUCCAACGGAACUGUAUGCUACACUUAAUUCCUGGGUCAUUUUUUCAGGCUUUUCUUGUUUGACACUCUUGGAUCUCUCAGGUACGGACAUCACAGAGAUUCCUAGGGAAAUCAAGAUGCUAUCUGAGCUCCAACAUCUAAACUUAAACUCCACCCCAGUCGUAACACUGACAGCAGAGUUGAGUAGCCUUGCCAAACUCAAGGUAGGAACUGAGCAUCUUAUCAAAGUACCCAUGGGAACAUUAUCCAACUUACCUUUGCUCAAAUUGUUGGGUUUAUAUGAGAGCAAGUAUGCUAAUUUGAAUGAGCUAGAGGGAUUUCAACGAAGACAAAAAUACAUUGGAAUUACCCUGGACUCAAAGGCAGCCCUUGAAUGGUUGGGCUCUCUACCUUAUUAUCUACAUGGAAACUCCAACUACAGGACAUGAGAGACUUAGCUUGUCCAAGCCAACUAUUUGAGAGCAUCAUGAGGAGCGACUACAUAAGGCAGGGUCUUGAACGACUAGAGAUUGUAGAUGCCAUGGUAGAUGGUGAAUUAAUAGUUACUAGGAGUAACAAGGAAAUUGAAAAAGGCUUUGAAUGUUUAAGGUAUAUGGCGCUCACAAUUGGCAACAAUUUGCAAGAAAUCACUUGGGAAGCAGUCAAGCCUCAAACAUUGUUUCCUAUUCUUCAUGAAUUGAACAUUUCAAGAUGCAAAAUGUUGAGAAACAUCACUAAUUGGGCUCUUCAGCUAUCAAACCUCAAUAUCUUGAAAGUAUCAUAUUGUAAAGAGAUGGAAGAAUUAAUAAGUGGUGAUCUUAUCCAAAGGCGUGAAGAUGGACAGCUAAGGAGGUGGUGAAUCCACUGAUUGGAUGAAAACCUCGCUCCUUUCUGCAAAACCAAAACAGGGAAGGGGUCUCUGACAUUGGCCCUCCAACGCUCAAAUCAGAAAUAGGAGAAGAAAAAGCAUAAUGGAGACAGAGAGAUGAUUCUUGCCUUUCUUCAUACCUAACAUCCCCUUUUAUACUUUUCUUGAUGACCCUCAAUCUUCCCUUGUUUUAAUGAUAUUAAUUACCGAUAGAAAGUAUCUUUGUCUUGACUUCUUCUCAUUUA